AUGAGGCCCAACAAAAUUCAGGAUAUGUCGAACUCUGCAGGCCAAAGCUGCGGGACUUUGGAGUAUGUAGUGACGUCACUGGUGGCCUUGGACGUAAAAAAAAAUUAUUACACUAUUCUGAAUCCUUCGUCUCCUCAAUCACCAUCCCAGGUCCUCAUUGCUCUCUGCCUGGUGGCCCUCGCAGCCGCUCGCCCUUCGGAUAUCGUGGACUUCGAGUUGGACAACCACGAGCAGGAGCAGGAGGGUCAGCCCGGCAGGGCCGUCGAGGGCGAGUACUCCUGGGUAGCGCCCGACGGUAACGAGUACCACGUCAAGUACGUCGCCGACCACAACGGCUACAGGAUCGUCGAUGACAACGUCGUGCCCAAGGCUCCCGAAGCCGACUUCCCUGAGGUCGAGGACGAGGAAUAGUUCAGAGGAAUCUUCUAUCAAUAUUGGAUGAACUUCUUUCAAUAAAUAUUAUUUUCAUAUA